AUGAGGAGCGACGGGAUCUUGGGAGGUUCUGAUCAGAAUCGAGCAACAAGCGUCGUCGUCGCGAGCAGAAGAAGAUGGCUAAAGAGGCGAGAAACAUGGCUCGUGGUUCUAGGCGUAGCUCUUCACGCCGUUUACAUGCUAAGUAUCUUCGACAUUUACUUCAAAACGCCGAUAGUCCACGGGAUGGAUCCAGUGCCUCCGAGAUUCUCUGAGCCACCGGCGAAGCGACUUGUUCUUCUCAUCUCGGAUGGUUUACGAGCUGACAAGUUCUUUGAGCCGGACGUUGACGGGAAUUACAGAGCACCGUUCUUGAGGAAUGUAAUAAAGAAUCAAGGGCGUUGGGGUGUGUCUCAUGCUCGACCUCCCACAGAAUCUAGACCUGGACAUGUUGCUAUUAUUGCUGGAUUCUAUGAAGAUCCUAGUGCUGUCACAAAAGGAUGGAAAGCUAAUCCUGUUGAAUUUGAUUCUGUUUUUAACCGGAGCAGGCAUACAUUUGCUUAUGGGAGUCCGGAUAUUAUUCCUAUCUUCUGCAGUGCCUUACCUCACAGCACCUGGAAUUCUUAUCCUCACGAGUAUGAAGACUUUGCAACAGAUGCUUCCUUUUUGGAUGAGUGGUCGUUCGAUCAAUUUGAGAGCCUUCUCAAUAGGUCUCAUGAAGAUCCAAAGUUGAAAGAGCUGCUCCAUCAGGACAAACUUGUUGUGUUUCUGCACCUUCUUGGUUGCGAUUCCAACGGUCAUGCACAUCGGCCUUAUUCAUCGAUCUAUCUCAACAAUGUCAAAGUUGUUGAUAAGAUAGCUGAAAGGGUCUACCAUCUCUUGGAGGAUUACUACAGAGACAAUCGCACUUCGUAUAUCUUCACCGCUGAUCAUGGGAUGAGCGACAAAGGAAGUCAUGGAGAUGGGCAUCCUACAAACACUGAUACUCCAUUAGUUGCUUGGGGAGCUGGGAUUAAAUAUCCCAAACCAGCAUCUGGAAGCAGUCACUCUGAUUCUGUUACUACAUUUGUUGACAAGCAUGCACAUGAUAUGCCCACACCUUAUGAUUGGGGCCUUAACCGUGUUGAGAGAGUAGACGUCAAUCAAGCUGACAUAGCACCACUUAUGUCAACGCUCUUGGGUUUGCCAGGCCCAGUGAACUCGGUUGGGAACCUACCACUUGGUUAUAUGAAGUUGAAUGAGGCAGAAGAAGUUGAAGCUGUGCUAGCCAAUACCAAACAAAUCCUUAAUCAGCUUCUCCGUAAAUCACAUAUAAAAAUGUCAAAUUCCUUAUUUUUCAAGCCAUUCAAGCCGUUGGUUCACCAUUCAUCAUCGUUGAGUCAGAUUGAUGAGUUAAUUUCCGCCAAAAGUUAUGAAGCUGCAAUGAAAUUGGCUGUGGACCUCAGAAACUUGUCACUAGAGGGUCUUCAUUAUUUCCAGACGUAUGACUGGCUAAUGCUGAUGACUGUAAUCACCCUUGGAUACAGUGGGUGGAUGAUUGUACUUGCCCUGCAUGUCCUGAAAUGUUAUAGUUCACUAUCAGGAGACUUGUCCAGAAAAGAGCAAUUAUCUGUGCAGAAAAAAGACUCUGGAAAAGCAUAUUUAUCAGGCUUUCUGCUGAUGACAAUUCUCUCGGUGUUAAAUUUGGUGGAGCACUCUCCCCCACUUUACCAUGCAUAUAUUGGAAUGACAAUAUUUCUAUGGACACAGAUAUUUAGUGAAUAUCGAUUAAUAAGAGGAUUGUGGAGAUAUUUGAGAAAGAGGAAGGCUGGCUACUUCCUCAAACUUCUAUUUGCUGCAGCUGUGUCUGUUGUCAUUGUGGAAUUAUUGGUUCAUAGCUUCACUGAGAGAAAGCUUUACACUUGGUUUUUUUUGAUAGCCGGUGUUGUGGCUUCAAUUUUGCUUCACUUUUCAAUUCCUUGGAGAUCUGGGAUACCAGUUUUUGUCUGUCUUUCUUGUUGGUUCAUAUCUGUCUUCACUCUCAUGCCAGCUGAAAUUCCUGAUAAUAAUAACUUAGUAGUUAUAAGUGGAGCUAUCAUCAUAGUAAUAAGCCUUGCUGCAAAGUGGCUAGACACACAUGCAGAAGGGAACAAAUUUUGGCAGAGUAUCACUUUUCAUGAAAGCAGGAAGCCGAUGUGCUCCAUGCUAUAUUGCAUUCAGAUUUUCUUGGUUGGAGUUUCGUCGGUGAUGGUGUUUCUGUCUACAAAGCACCGAACACAGAAUCAAGAACUACAUUCGUCACACCAGUUUAUAAACUGGUUAGUUGCUGGUUCUUCUAUGGUUCUUCCGUUGUUUUCAGGAAAUGGCAUCCUUUCACGAUUAAGUUCAAUAUUUCUUGGUUUCGCGCCUCCAUUCCUUCUUCUGUCUAUUGGAUACGAAGCUGUCUUUUACAGUGGUCUUGCAGUCGUACUAAUGGCAUGGAUACUGUUUGAGAACGCAUCUCAUCAUUCUAGCAAAGCGAAAGAUUCAUCUCUAUCAGAACAAAACACAGAGGAACAUGUCACUAUUGGAAAUGACGAGAGAUACUUGCAGUUAUCUGAUGUGCGGAUUCCUUUGAUUUUUAUGGUCUUGUUCAAUGUCGCUUUCUUUGGAACUGGGAAUUUUGCAAGUAUAGCAAGUUUUGAGAUAUCAUCUGUAUAUCGGUUCAUCACAAUCUUCAGCCCGUUUCUGAUGGCAGCUCUUCUUAUAUUCAAGCUCUUCAUACCGUUCAUGCUUGUCAUAUGUGCGUUCAGUGCCAUAACCAAAUUAGUGAGAGUGCCAAGACUGGGAUGUUACUUCCUUGUGAUCUUAUUUUCAGACAUAAUGACGAUCCAUUUCUUCUUCCUGGUGAAAAACACAGGAAGCUGGAUGGAGAUUGGUAAUAGUAUAAGCCAUUUCGGGAUAGUGAGUGCUCAAGUGGUGUUUGUGCUGCUACUCUUUGCACUCACCAACCUCUACACCAGAAGCAUCCGAGUCAAGCCACUCUCGACCUCACCUUUUCUCAAAACGCUCUGA